ACAGGCAGAGAUGAGCUUGUGCCGCCGCCCAAUAGACACCCUCGAAACAGAGCGCGAGCAGGAGCAGCAACCUCCUCCAAAUCAAGAGGCCGGAGUGCAAGCCUGUACCUGACCUCAAUUUGGCGUGGAUGCUUAAGCAACAAUCGGCAGACUGAGCCAGCGAGAGAGUGUGGGACAGAGACGGAUAUUUGGGAUACAGCUGUCGCGCGUCCCGACUCUCGGUCUUGCAAUGGGAUGCACGUUGAGUGCAGAGGAGCGCGCGGCUCUGGAUCGGAGCAGAGCGAUCGAGAAAAACCUCAAGGAAGACGGAAUAAGCGCAUCCAAAGAUGUCAAAUUACUGCUGCUGGGCGGAGGGGAGUCGGGGAAGAGCACCAUCGUCAAACAGAUGAAGAUUAUCCAUGAAGAUGGUUUCUCUGGAGACGACGUAAAGCAGUUUAAACCUGUGGUCUAUAGCAACACCAUUCAGAGUCUUGCCACCAUCUUAAAAGCAAUGGAAACUCUUGGUAUAGAGUAUGCAGACAAGGCCAGAACUGCAGAUGCUAAGAUGGUAUUUGAUGUGGUCAGUCGUAUGGAAGACACAGAGCCAUAUUCAACAGAACUGCUGACUGCCAUGAUCCAUCUGUGGGCUGAUGCUGGAACUCAAGCUUGCUUUAGCCGCUCACGAGAGUAUCAGCUCAACGACUCUGCCCAAUAUUACCUAGACUGUUUGCAGCGCAUUGGAUCUCCUGAUUACCUCCCCACUGAACAGGAUAUUCUUCGAACCCGAGUCAAAACCACUGGCAUCGUUGAGACCCAUUUUUCCUUCAAGAACCUUAACUUUAGGCUGUUUGAUGUGGGGGGACAGAGAUCAGAGAGGAAAAAAUGGAUUCACUGCUUUGAGGAUGUGACAGCCAUUAUCUUCUGUGUGGCAAUGAGUGGAUAUGACCAAAUGCUCCAUGAAGACGAAACCACGAACCGUAUGCAUGAGUCUCUGAUGCUCUUUGACUCUAUAUGUAACAAUAAGUUCUUUGUUGACACGUCCAUCAUCCUUUUCCUUAAUAAGAAGGACCUUUUUGGAGAAAAGAUUGUGAAAUCUCCACUGAAUAUCUGCUUCCCAGAAUACACAGGCCCAAAUACAUUCGAAGCGGCGGCUGCAUAUAUACAGACUCAGUUUGAAAGUAAGAAUCGCUCCCCUAACAAAGAGAUCUACUGUCACCUGACCUGCGCUACAGACACAGGAAACAUCCAAGUGGUCUUUGAUGCUGUCACUGACAUCAUCAUCGCCAAUAACCUGCGUGGUUGUGGUCUCUACUGAGCUCCGACUCCGACAAAUGCUAACAAGUGACUGAACUGACACCCCUGUAACUAUAGCCAAGGCACUUCCCUUUUUCAUUUCACUCUGUCAGUUUUAUGUUCAGAACAUUUAGCCCUUAUUUUCCUUUGUAGUUGUCAGUACAUUUUGCUGGAGUAAAUAACAUAUGGGUGUGCAUGUAUAGUGUAAAGAUGAGCAUUUGGCCGGGCAUAGAUGCUUUAAGCAUGAGUGCAUGUGUGUGAGUGUAAGUCACAACGAGUGAGAGUGUUUGUCAGGUGAUAACUCACAGAGGUUCUCUGCUGUGUAAGAGACUUCCAAGUGCUGGCAUGAUCCUAAUCUAAAAUGAUCUCAAAAACCUGAGAAGGAUCACUGACUCUUACAGGCUUAAAAUAAAAAAAAAUAUUGAGGGACUGUGAGCAAGAUAUAUGAUGAAUCAUUUAGAAGAGCUGAUUGUCAUUUCAGAAACUAAAUGUUGUCCAGGGGCAGCUCUUAAAGCCAAAAUUGUUGACGACCUGGCAUCGCCCCCCUCUUUGGGACUGCUCAUGUACUGGCUUCUGGCUGUGACAUAAAAUGCCUUUCAGCGAAUGAAGCCUCUUACAAAGUGUGAUGUUGACAACAUUCUCACUCAACAUGAGCACAAAUAGUUCUAAAUCUUUUCAGUUGUUGUUUUUUUUUUGUAUAAAUGACUCUGUAGUUUAUUUAUUUAUAUAACUAUAAGUGCAUGUAUUUACAUAUUUUGUAUGGCCCCACACUUUGUGCACCCUAUCAGUGACGGGCAAUAAAAUUAAAACGAACUAGCUUACAGACUUUAGAUGAUUAAAAGCAUAAAUAUUAAGACAGUAAUUCAGAUUUAUAUAUAACUGAAUUACUGAACAUAUGAACUAUUGCUUCUUUUUAACUCACUCUCUUUAACUGAUGACAUAAUGACGUGUGAGAGUGUGUACAGAUGCGUGUUUGAUGCAUGCACAUUCUUUAUUCAACCAUGACCCAUUACUUAACUCAGAUUUCUUUUCCUCUUUUUCUGCUGUGGAUGGAUUUUUUUGUUUUGUUUGGUGCACUGAAUGUCCUCUUUCCUCCCUUGGGGUAAUACUGCACUGUAACUGCUGGGUUUAGUCUUCUGACCGACCAAUGAUAUGUUUACAUUAAAAAAGAAAACACUUUAGCACCAA